UUUUUUUAUUUUUUAAAUUUAUUUUUCAUCAAAAAAUUUAUUUUUAAUUUUUCCUCUCCUUUAUUUUGGUAUUUUUUUUCCAAAAAAUAUUUUUCUUCUAUUUUUUCUAUCUUUUUUUUCCUUCUGUUUUUGCGUGUCAAUUUGCGUUUUUUGAUAAUUUUUUUUUCAAAAAUUUAUUUUUUUUGGUAUUGGCACACAUUCUAGUAUUUUUCUUCUUUUCCUCUAUUUCGUGAUAUUUUUUUUCUCUUUUUUUUCAAUUCAAAAAUGAAUGGACCUUGAGUUUUUAAAGGGAGGGAGAGGGAGGGGAAAAGAUGUCUAAUUCAAAAAAUUUCUUUCAGAAAAAAUUUUUUUGAAGAAAAUUUUUAUUGAAAGGUGAGGAAGAAGAGUCAAGAAACACCAAAAUAUAUCCCGUUAAAAAUUAAAAAGAAAAAAAUUAUAAUGAGCAAGAAAAAAUGCAAAAAAUACCCCUCAACAACAACAUCAAGACAUCCUCUUCUAUUUAGCCUCUUUCCCUCAAACAUUUCAAUUAUUCUAAUGGCAAUAUACCUCAAAUAUAUAUUCAAUAGCUUAGCUGGAUAUUUAACCCUCAAAACAUCUCAAAAAAAUAUUUUUAUGAAUAAUUAUGUUUUUAAUUUUUACAUUUUAUAUAAAAUGACAACUCCAAGAAUAUAUUUAGCAUAA